AUUAGCUGGACCUUACAUGAUUUGCAAUACUAUUUUUUCGAGUGUUUUCUUUUUUAAUGUGCCUGUUCUGUUUUAUUUAUAUUUCCUUUUGCUACAAGGUUGCAUUUUUGUAACAGGUGGAUUCACACACACAAGUAGCGCAAAAAAGGGUAGCAUUUUUAAAAUGAUUCUUGAACUUGUUAUGUGGACAGUUUUUGUCGCUUCUGUCAUUUUGCUGGUUUUAUGGAUCUUGACAUCGCCACCUGCUGAUAAGAAAGUUCGUACUGCACCAAGCAAUGAAGAUGUCUAUGCAAAAAAUCGAUUUAUUCCAUCAAAAAUACCAAAAAGUCCAGAUGUCAUUAUUAUUGGAUCUGGUAUGGGUGGAAAUGCAGCAGCUUCUGUUUUAAGUAAACAAGGAAAGAAAGUGAUUGUGUUGGAAAACCAUGAUAAAUUAGGUGGCUGUACACAUACAUUCUCAUGGUCACGUAAAAAUAUGGAUGACGACGGACAUACUACGUGUGAAUUUGAUACUGGCUGUCACUACACUGCUGUUGAUAUGGCUUUCGAAACUGCACGUUCAGGUGCUGUAAUGAAAUAUAUUACUGAUGGCAAUGCAAAGUGGAAUGAUCUUGGUGACCCUUACGAUAGAUUAGUUUUACCUCAUGACCCAAAUGUUGAUGAAGGUUGUCCCAAUAGUGACACCUACAAAUUCCUUUGCGGAAAAGAUCGACUUAUCAAAGAAAUCACAAAUCAAAUUAAUCCAAAUGAAACAGAAGUUCCCAUACGUCUUGACAAAUUUCUCCAGUUUUGUAGGAGUGCUCGGAACACUAUUAUAAAUAUGUUUUUGGUUAGAAUGUGUCCAAGAUGGCUUGAGCCUAUUAUUGCUCCAAUGACAAAUGCAUACUACAAUUAUGGUAAACUCAGUACAGGAUAUGUCCUAAGUGCAAUGUUAGAACAUGGAUUUUCUAAAGAAGAUGUCCUUGCACAAAAAGAAUUACCCAAAGAUCCUGCUAAAUUACCAAACACCUGGAAUCGAUUGAAAGGAGUAAUGGUACACCCACUGGGAGAUUAUGCAUGUCAGCCAAGGGAAUCGUCUGUUGUCGCUCAUGCUUUGACAGCUUGCUAUUAUUUAAAUGGGGCCGCUUAUACAGAUGGGCCAACUCAAUCAAUUGCAAAUUCCUGUGCAAAGGUUGUGUAUGAACAUGGUGGUGAAUGCUUUGUGAAUGCUCGUGUAACCAAGAUUAUUGUGAAAAAUAACAAAGCUAUUGGUGUUCGUGUUUGUAAAGCUACAUCGUGGGAGGGUGUUAAAGCUUUGGAUAAGGAACCAGAAGUAACUGAAAUAUAUGCGCCAGUAAUCAUCAACGCUACUGGCAUUCAUAAUUUAUACAACAGAUUACUGCCACAAGAUCUACCAGUAGUAAAAGACUUUCAGCGAACCAAUAAAACUAUUCCUUCCUAUGGACAUAACUAUCUGUUUGUAACAAUCAAGGGUGAUGCUGAUGAGAUUGGUAUCCCUAAAACCAACACAUGGUAUUUCAAUGGAUAUAACACAGAUGAAUGUUUCGAUAAAUAUUUUGAAAAUCCAACUGAGCACAGACCUCCAACUUGUUAUCUGGGCUUCCCCUGCACCAAAGACCCAACUUGGAAAAAACGAUUUCCUGGGAUAUCCAAUUGCAUUUUAAUUUCUGAUUCGAAAUAUGAAUGGUUUGAAAAAUGGGAGGAUAUGAGAACACACAAACGUGGAGAUGAGUAUGAUCAGUACAAAGAAAAGUUCAGUGACAAAUUGUUGGAAGUUUUGUAUGAAAAGGUACCUCAAGUUAAGGGGAAGGUGUUAUGGUAUGAAUGCGGCACUCCAAUCUCAGAUUCCAACUUUUUAUUGUCUUACCGUGGCGGAUCUUACGGUACACGAUGCAAUCUCGAUUUUUCCAGUCGUGAAUCAUCACGUUGGGUAAUGAGACCAGAUACCGAAAUUCAGAAUUUAUAUAUCGCAGGGCAAGAUGCUUGGACACCAGCUGUGGCAGGAGCGAUGUAUGGAGGCUUGUUAGGCGCUAUAAAGGUGAUUGGCUUCUUUAAAGGUAUUGGUGUGUUGUAUACUAUCAUGCGCCAACAAGCAGGUGACAUACAAAAGAAGACUGGCUGGUCCUACCCAACAUGCUUUGUAAAAGCUGUUCAAAUUUUCUUUGGUGACACACCAGAGAGAUUCGAGUAAUUUCUUGCGUGCACGCAUUAGACAACUUCAGAUCAUUUCUUUUUUGUCAGUUUUAUUGUGUUUUUUUUUGUGGUUUGUAUUUUUAAUAUAUUAGAAAUAAUGUAUCAGGAAAAGUAGUAAUCCAAUAUAUUUUUACGGAAGGCUAGUUUUUGUGUUGUUGUUGUUGUUUUUUUUUAAAUUAGGAAAAAUAUGAAGCAAGAAAUUAGGAUUUUUUUAUUAUGUUUUUUUUAGGCUUUUUUUGUUUGCCUUACAAUUUGUCUUCUUUUCACGAAACAAAACUAAAAUCCAUUUUAACCAAAACACAACUGCAGGACUGCCAAGCCUCCUCAAAAAAACGUCAUCUUCUCAAAAAUGUUGAAAAUUCUCAUUAAAAUUCCUCAAAUUUUAUUCGAUAAAAAGAGUGGCAACCUGAACCUCUUUACAUUACUGUAAUACUCUUUUUUAACUUUUAUCUCUCUUUGCAUAUCCUUACAAAAUGAUGAUGUAUGGUGCCAGGGCUAAGGAUCGGUUUAUGCGAUAUUCGAGGCUAAAAGUGAAGUGUUUAAUAGGUCGUAUUGUAUGGUGCCAGGGUUAACGAUCGAUUUCUACGACAUUCGAGGCUAAAAGUGAAGUGUUAAAUAGGUUGUAUUGUAUGGUGGUGAGGGUAAGGAUCGGUUUAUACGAUGUACCAGGUUGAAUGUGGAGUUGUUAUGUUAUUUAAGGCUGAAAGUCAAGUUAUGUGAUGUGACUAAAAGGCGAGUUAUACCAUAUUCGAGGCUGAAAGUGGACUAACAUUGAUGACGGAAGAUUGAAACUUGAAUGCAUUCCCAUACCUACUUUUAUCGUUUUUAUAUAUAUAUUUUCAUAAAUUUUUUACUACCUAAAGUUACCCCUUAUUUUCUAAAUAUUUGUAACGCAUAUUUUCUCGUUUCACUACAUCCAUUAUCUUAUAUAUAUUGUUUUACUGCAUCCACUAUAUUAUAUAUUAGGCACGUUGUUUAAUUAAAUGAAUUAUUGUGAAGAGAAGGAACGUGUAGAACUUUUUCUUUAUAUUAUGUGCUUAAUUCAAUCUUAGGGUAUUUAUACAGUUAAUUUAAUAGGUUUAUGUAGCUAGUUUUAAAUUUGUUAACUUUCAACUUUAAGAGAGCGUAUAUAAGCUGGUAUGUUGUUGCUCGCUUCUGCCCCUAACUACUUUUUGACAGUGUAAUUGACAUUUCACAAGAACAUAACAUUUCCUCGUCACUUGAUUUACUUUGUGAAGUUCACAAUAUCUCAAAUAUGCAAAGGAUUAUGAUUCUGUUGAUUUUGUUUGACAAGAUUGUGUCCUCCCCAUUCUCGUCCCCAGAGCUAUUUGAGAUUUCAACCUCGAGUUUAUCUCAAAGAGCUCUGUGAUCGAGAACGUGUCCUCUCAUGUUAGUUUCUUGUGUUUCGAUUUUAUGUUGUGUUAACAGUGAAAUUAUACAAUAUCAUACUCAAAUAA